AUGAGUAAUGAAUAUUUGGACGAAUUGCAGCAACAAAUUUUAGAUCUUAUCUUGUUGAAGAAUCGUCAACUUAGAAGUUUCACUCGAUUCCUGUUGGACGUUGAUUUUCUACGGUUCGCGGAAACCAUAGAAGAUUUGGAUCGUGUUUUUGAAGAUCAUUACAAUCAUUUCCAGCGAGGAGGUGGAUUUGUUUUACCAAAAAAGCAAAUUGCUAAGCUGACUCGUUCGAAAAAUCUGUGCAUCUCAAAACUUGAUGCGUUUGAACGAAUUUGCUGGAGAAAACCGCAGUCGCUUGCCGGAAAAGCGUUUCUACAACGGAUAUCAAACGCUCAAAAAACAUUUCGAAGCUCAUUUCAAGCGUAUACAGCGAAAGUCGAAAAGCUCGUGCACAAGUUGCCGGAUAUAUACCAGGCCAUAGAAUUCCAGACGCUUCUUCAACGGACUAGAUUUCUUCAUUUAAUUGUCAUUAAGAAUCACGAAAACUUUCAGAAAGCAUUCUAUCCUGUAUCUGUAAAAUCACACUGCACACAAAACACCGCCGUGCUGAAACUAGAGGUACUCAAGCUUUAUCGAAAACUUUUGACGAAUUUUCUACUACUUCUGGACGACAUGAACUCCGGAACUUCCUCAUCCGUGGAGUCACUUCGGGACAAGCUGAACCUGGAAAUCGACAAGUCUCGUGAUGAAAUAGUGAUCCAAGAAGAGGAAGUGGUUGAACUCAGACGGGAGAUGUUUCCUACUUCGAAAGUCAGCCUCAAAGAACAACGAGAUACUGCAAUGGACCAUCUGGAGGUGAGGGAACUAGAUCUCGAGGUGCAGUUCAAAUCAAUCGACGCACUGCAGAUCAAUAUCCAGGGAUUGGAACUUCAGGUAGCUCAGCUGGUUGAUGAACGACAGCGCAUACAUGAGCAGUUAUCCGUCAGACGGGCUGCUCUACGAGAGCGAAUCCGGGAAAUCGUUCGUCUGGAGAAACUUGUUCAGCAGAUUGAGAAGGAAAUGUCGGACCGCUUGUUUCAGUUUCAACAGAAGCUAAAUGAAUUGGAACUCAAGCGUUUGGCUAUCAUGCAAGAUGAAUCUCUAACCGAAGAGGAACGUGCCAAGCUGUUGGCAGAGCUAGAUCAGGAAAUCAUGGAGGUCCGAGAGAAGUUUGAAGCAGAUCAGAAGUUGCUUAAGAAAGAAUGUGAUGAGUUAAAAGAGUUGUCCAAAAAUGUCACUGAAGAUGUGGAUGCGUUUAAAGGCGAGCUAUGGCAAAAGCAUUUGGAUGAAAUAAGGGAACUAGAGGAAAUGAAAAAGAAUGCUACACCAUCGGAGCUACUGUUGAUAGAAGCCAAAAUUGCACAGUUGAAGCAAGAGUUUGAAGAGAACAUGGGUAUGCUGGAUUCGGCAAGAGCGAGAGUUCAAUUUCAUGAGGACGAGAACGGAAGGUAUUACAUCAACGAAAAAGGAGAAAGAGUAUAUCAGAGGGAAUCCGGAGCCUCAGAGUAUAUAAUAACUGCAGACGGUCACUGGCUGAAGGUUAAGGACGGAUUUGAGCUACAAAUUGACGAGAAAGGCGAAUUCUACCUGGAUAGCUUUGGCAACAAAAUUUACACGAAAAUGUUUUAUGAAGACGAAUAUGGAAAGUAUUAUGUCGAUAGUGAGGGGAAUAGGAUAUAUCUGGAGGCAAGUUCAAGUAGCGAAUGGCCAGAAUACGAAGAUCUAAGUGCCUCCGUAGCGGUGACUGAGACGGAGCUCAGCUCGGAAAUUUCAGAAGAAGUAGAAGUCACUACAACUCGCUCAUCCGAUGAAGACAUACCGGAUGAUAACCGGGAACAGCGUGAAUCCGAUGUAAAGUACAUUCAGGAUACUUUCGGUGCUCCACUUCGAAAGGGACUUGCACUCACGUAUCUGCAUCAACCAGAGGAUCCGAUUGAGUUUUUAGCAAUGUUUCUAAGAAAAUAUCAUAGCGAUCAACAAAUGGAGGCACAACGAACUGAAUUACUUGCGAAGGUAAUGCUAAGGAAAGAUCGACCCGUAAGUAAGGUAAAAAUUGUUUGUAAAUUCCUAUGA